CGGCCCCAAACCACUUGAUGUUGGCUGCAUAAUGGUUGGCCACUGUACGGACCGAUUUGAACAGUUAGAUGAUAACCAACGACUCAAACAGGAGCUGUUGUGCGGAAUCUGUCGGCAAGUCAUUGCCGAUGCCAUACAAACCCAAUGCAAACAUAACUUCUGUUACGACUGUCUUAAGACUUAUUUGUCGUCGUCGUCUGUGAUAUCAAUCAAAGUGUGUCCCAAUUGCCGACAAUCAUUGAUUACCAGAAAACGCAAGAAAAAGAGGAAAUCAUUGUCUGUCAACAACAACAACAGCAAUGUCUUGGAGAUUAUGCCGAACAUAUGGGUUGAAAGAAAUGGUAAACUAAAUAACAUUAUCGGCUCAUUGAAAGCCCGAUGCGAUUAUCACUGGAACGGCUGUCCAGUAGCCAUGGAGUUGGACACGAUUGACAGUCAUCACAGCCUAUGUGAGCACCGUAGGUGUCGUAGAUGUGACCAACUUUUGGUUGUUGGCCAGAGACACGACGGCGAUCAUAAUAACUGUGUCGAUGCACUCAAAGAGCAAUUAGCUUUCAUAACCAACAAAUGUGAUACAAUUGUCACCGAAAAGUCUGAACUCAACGAAUUCUUUGGUCAGACAUAUACUAGAAUACAAAAACAGAUCCAAGAAUUGUCGGCAAGUUGUCGACAGUUUAGGGCCACCGAUGAUGAUAAUGAUAACAAUCUGAAGACAGCGGUUACUGUUUGCCAAACGGUUUACCGAAAGUUUACAGAAGAGAAACAACGACUGAAAAGUAUGGAAAGUAGUCUAAGAAGUCUUCUUUUACCACCAGUUGUUGGCGAUAUCAAUGAUAGUAUGCAUUGUUGUCUUGUUUGUGACCAAUCAAUAGCCAGUAGUGAUCGACCAUUGGUUGUCUGCAGUAAUAUUGAUUGUUCAAACAAAUUUCAUAUGUCAUGUAUAGGAUUCGAUCGGAUACCCAAUGACUAUAUGUGUCCAAAUUGUUUAAUAAAUUCAACAAAUAGAUAUCUUCAAAGACAACUUCAACCAAAUAAUAGUUCAACAAUAAAACGCUUUUUCUUUCAUCCAUGUAUUGGAUUUGCUCCCAUACGGCUCCGGCAGAUCUUGUUUGGCACUGUUAGGUUUACAACUGCGACCAUCAAAUUCAAUGAAACCAAUUUCAUAUUGUUUUGUGUGGGCAGAGAAGGAAAAGGAGUAGGUGCCGGCAGUUCAUCGUCGGUGAUGGAUGUUGUUGUUGACAAUAACAACAAAAGUAGCUAUCAUUUGACAAUACCCUACAAUCACAUACAAAAGAUGAUGACCUCUAUUAUCGACAAAACAUUAGUUAUAUUGAUUAGUAAAUUUGCCAACAAUAAGGUUAACAAUUGUUUGGGGUUUAAUAAUAAUAAUAAUAUCACUAAUGAUAGCACUAAGCGAUUUGAUACCGAUUCCGAUGAUAUACGGGAACGUUAUGUAUUUAUUCAGUUUGAAGAUUCAAGUGAAUGUAUGUUUAAAUUUUUGGAUACAAUAGAAUGUGAUGGUCAACGUGUUUGUCACCCAAUUAACGAUCAUAUCUUAGGAUAUUUAUGA